CCUCCAGUACGCUUCUAUUGACCGACUGCAGCUCAUCCCCCCCAAGUCAACAGGUCGUUAUCGUUCACCCCACCGGCGUUCAUGUUAUCAGGGUGAAUUGUCGUUUUAUUCUCCUCUGCCUCAGUGCGCCACCAUAACAGCUCGUGAGCACUUUUCGCCCUCCAAAAAAGUCUUCUCCCAGCAAAGCAACAAAGCGCAAGUGACGAUGGCAGGUGCUAAAGAGCCGGCCCACCUAAAGCUGGAACGCUUCGGGACGGUGCUGCGGGUGACGAUCAACAAUCCGCGCAAAAAGAACGCCCUCAACCGGCAGGCGUACCAGGAUCUGGGCGAUACGCUGGUGUCCGCCAACAAGGACGACAGUGUGCAUGUGGUCGUGCUGACCGGGGCGGGCGAUUUCUACUCCUCCGGCAACGAUAUGGUGUCGGCUGUGGCCGAGGAAGGCUCGGUCGAGGAGAAGCUCGCUCGCGGAAACGCGAUUCUGCGCGAGAUGGUGCGUGCCUUUAUCCAGUUCGACAAGCUGCUGAUUGCGGUGAUCAACGGGCCGGCGAUAGGCAUUGCGGCCACCACGGCCCUGCUGUGCGACGUCGUGUACAUGGUCGAUACGGCUUACUUCUAUACGCCCUUCACAAGUCUGGGGCUGUGUGCGGAGGGCUGCUCCUCGUACACGUUCCCGCUGCUGAUGGGCCGCAGCAAAGCGUCCGAGAUGCUGCUGCUAAACCAUCGACUGUCGGCACACGAAGCGCUACAGUUUAACGUGGUGGCGGCGGUGGUUAAGAAAGACGAACUGGAGACGAAACUGUGGCCCCAGAUACUGGAGUACGGCAAGCUGCCGAUCGGUUCGAUCAAGGCGACCAAACGGCUGACCAACCGGUUCCAGCGCGACCAGCUGCACGAAGCGAACGAUCGCGAAACGGAGGCGCUGAUGGGCCGCUACCACACGGAGGAGUCCAUGAACGCGGUCAUGGAGUUUAUGAUGCGAAAAAGCAAAAUGUAGAACGAGGGUGUCAUCUUGUGUUACACAAAUACAAAUGUAGCGGACCGGUGACUUUGGUUAUGGUGUGAUA